CUCCUCCUUCCACUAGACCCAACAGCUCACUCUCAUCUCUCUCUCUCUUCUCUACAAAAAAGAUGAAGUCGUUGCCAUGUCCGGACAGACAUUAGCCACAGAGACUUCUCUCUCCUCCUCUUCCUUCUCUCUCUCUCUCUCUCUCACCUCACCUCCUUCCUUUCUCUCUCCUCCUCUUCAUCACCUCCAAGCUCUCUCUCUGCUCUUUCUAUCUCUAGGUUUCGUUAGGUGGGUCGUAGAUCUACUGCGAGGAGGAGACAAACCCACGUCGCAGUUCCUCCGGACGAGCGUCCGCGUAGGCCUCGCCGACCUUCCGAAAGCCAGUUGCGGAUUCGCGUUUAAAAAUGUCGUCUUUGAGGUCAGAUCCGAGCUCCUCCCGGGUGCACCCGGCGCCCCUCCUGGUCGACCACUUCGACCGCCUCCCCGACCCCCUCCUCCUCCUCAUCUUCAACAGGAUCGCCGACGUCAAGGCCCUCGGCCGCUGCGGCGUCGUCUCCCGCCGCUUCCGCCAGCUGGUCCCCCAGGUCGACGCCGUCCUCGUCCGCGUCGACUGCGUCAUCUCCGACGACGAGUCCGCCUCCCCCGCCGCCCUCUCCGACAAGGCCCGCAACCCGUUCGCCAGCUUCUUCCAGGCCUUCCUCGGUAACAUCGUGAAGCCCCUCCAGGCUCUGGGCCUGUUCCCCGGCGCGAAGAGGGCCCAGUCGGGUCCUUCCUCUUCGUCUUCGUCUUCGUCUUCGCUCGCCGUCGGGAGCGAACGCGACGGCGAGAUGGACCAGGGCGGCGUCACUCACCACUCCCCUACUCAGGUCUUGAAGAAUUUCAAUGAGAUUCGGUUCCUCCGCAUCGAAUUGCCGAGCGGAGAGCUGGGGAUCGAUGGUGGGAUUCUGUUGAAGUGGAGGGCGGAUUUCGGGUCUACGCUUGACAAUUGCGUGAUUUUGGGCGCUUCUUCGGUCGUGCGGUCCGGGCCAGUGAAGAAUUUGGUGGGUUCUGAGAAUGGAACGGAUGCGGGUUGCGCGAACGACGAUAAUGGAAGCAUUCCCGAGUCCUUCUACACAAAUGGAGGCCUCAAAUUGAGGGUUGUUUGGACGAUAAGCUCCUUGAUCGCUGCAUCUGCAAGGCACUACUUAUUGCAGCCCAUAAUUGCAGAGCAUAAGACUCUUGAUAGCUUGGUGUUGACGGAUGCUGAUGGGCAAGGAGUGUUGUGCAUGAACAGGGAGCAGCUCGAGGAGCUGAGGGUGAAACCCUUGUCAGCUUCUUCAGCUUCGAAGAGGACAUUGGUUCCUGCGCUCAAUAUGAGGCUCUGGUAUGCGCCUCACCUGGAACUGCCUGAUGGGGUUGUACUUAAAGGGGCAACUUUGGUUGCCAUAAGACCUAGCGAGCAAUCUGGGUUGAAGGACAUGGCUGAUGGGUCUUGGAUUUCGACUGCAUUCGAGGAGCCUUAUGGAACUGCGGCUAGAAUGCUGGUCAAAAGGAGGACCUACUGCUUGGAGAUGAACUCAUUUUGAUAUCCCCCUGGAAGUUCAGGGUAAGCUGACUGCUGAAAAGGAAAACAACUUUGGACCCUUCCGGUGGGUCAAGGAUGAGACCACAAUUUUGUUGAUGCUAGGACCAGCCAAAUGCAGCUUCAAGUAAGCCAAGGUGUGCUGUCUAUGCGAAGUACUUUUAUUGAAGGGGGGAAGGAGCUACACGGCGAUUCUCUUCUGUGCUAAGCGCUGAUAUUUGAGAUGCAUCUGCUGGUCAACUUCCUAUGGCAUACACUUGCAAAGAGCACAACAACUAUAGAAAUGAUGUUAGAUUCCUGAGUUUGUAGUCUUCUCAACUUUUAAUCUCAUACCAUGUGAAUAUUGUAGUAAAGAACAUAUACUCUAGAAAUUCACAAACCAGUGUAUUCUCCGUGGGGCAUUGAAAUCCUGAUGCUCGUGCCAGCACAGUCCGCUGAGGUGAAUUAUAAUAAAGGAUUAUGACGGUGGAAUUCCGAGCUUAUGAGGAGUCAUGAUAAAAAAUGACUAGUUCUUUGUUGUGAAGAUAUCAUAGCAUGUUGAAUAGGAGUUGAGGCCCCAGUUAUCUGGGACGGGUGGAUGAUAUCAUGUUUGGCAUCUUCAUGCUUCUUUUAAAACCUGUAGGAGAGCCAUGAUGGUUAUAAGGAUCGAGCAGACAUUGUAAUCUGUACUGCUUACAUCGGCUUUUCUUCUCC